UCUACACGGUCUUUCAUUUUUGCUCUCCCUCCCUCUCUCUCUCUCCUUCCACAGAUUCCUUCGUCUCUCUCGUAGAACCCAUCAACCGGCGCUAGCAUCGCUUCAAUUCUCAUACCUGUCUGUAUUGAUUAUUAGAUGAGAGCUUUGUUGUUCUUCUAGGGUUCUUGAGUGAGGUCCUGUUUUUUGGAACCUCUUUAUUUAUUUCACGAAGAUCUGCCUUGCCACUUUCAGGUUUCCACUUCACCACUUCUUCACAUCUGAGCUGAGUUUCCGUUUCAGUGCUGGCACUUAGAACAGUACCACUGAGCCGUAAUAAAGAAUUCACCUUUUGUUUUUAUGGUGUUUUGUCUGCUAAGAGAUCGUCGCGAAAAGAGAUAGUGCUUGUUUCGGUGCAGAAUUAAUGUCUGGUCCGGAAGCAAACACGGCUCCUCGCUAUGUGCAUCCACUUCUAGGGCAAGAGCUUCAUCUACAGAGACACAACAUUCCGACUACCCCUCCUGAGAAUCACCUGGACCGACGCAGCGAAUCCGCCGCCGUCACGCCCACCGCCAGCUCAGCCACCGCCUCCGGUCGCCGUCCACGUGGACGUCCUCCAGGUUCCAAGAACAAGCCCAGGUCUCCGACAAUCAUCACCCGAGACAGCCCUAAUAUCCUCAGAUCCCACGUUCUUGAAGUCUCCUCAGGCUCCGACAUCGCCGACGCCAUCUCCACCUACGCAAGACGACGGCGGCCCCCUCCUGCCGGCGGCAUCGUGACGCUGCAUGGCCGGUUCGAGAUACUUUCCCUCAACGGGACGGUGUUGCCGCCGCCGGCUCCUCCUGGCGCCGGAGGCUUAACGGUGUACCUCGCCGGAGGUCAGGGACAAGUCAUCGGAGGUAAUGUGGCUGGGCCGUUGGUGGCGGCUGGUCCGGUGGUCCUGAUGGUGGCGUCGUUUGCCAACGCCGUGUACGAUAGGCUACCUGUUGAGGAGUCGCAGCUGGGGGAGGUGACGGGGAGUGGGGCCCAGGCGGAGGAAUCCGGCGGGGGCAGAAGCGGAGGUGGGCUCUAUAGCUUGGGAAUGAGCACGAGCAGUUAUCAAUUCACCGGCGGUGCUCAGAGACAGGCGUUAUAGCUAGCGUUAGCGUCUGAGGCCGCUUCUGCGUUUGCGUUUGGGAGUGUCUGUCGACAUGGAAGAAGAAGAAUGUCUAUUUAUAGUUUUGUUUUGUCGAAGAAGAUGAUUUUAAUUGGUUUUGAAUCCAGACAGCAAUUAACUGCCGCUUCUUACAAACAGGGAUUACUUGCUUAGGUUUAGGGUUAAGAUAGUUCUAUCCUUUCGUUCUUCUCUUCUUUUUA